AUUAAAUUAAUCGUUCAGGGCUGCCUGCCUUGUUACUGCUAAUAACUCCAGCCUACCCACCCCCCAGGUCCCUGUCCUGCAGAAAUUUGGGGGCCCUGGGCACCCUAUCUUGUUCCCAAAUUUUGAUGGGCUCCCGGAAACCUCACUCCAAAUUGGAGAUGGGCACCCCUCUUGUAGAGCCCUGGUUCCAGUGAGAGAGGCCUAAAUUGUGCUCCCACUCUCUGGGGAGGGCCCCUCAUACCCUUGCUGCAGGAAGCAGUCACGUGUGGGCCCUUCAUUAGAUCCUGCCAUAUAAACAGGGGACAUGGAAUGGUCAGCAAUUCCUGGAGCGAGGAUCCAGCAAGCAGAGGUAAGUCCUCAGGUUGGGCUGAGACUCCUACUCUCUAGAGGUCUGGGAUAGGGCACCUAAAGGGUGCUCCAGGGAUGAAGAGGGACUAAGUGGUGGGUUUUCCCGCUGAGCCAGGCCAUGCUGACUGCAGUACUGCUGAGCUGUGCCCUGCUGCUGGCAAUGCCCACCAUGCAGGGGGCCCAAAUGGGCCCCGCUCCCCUGGAGGGCGUCGGAAGGCCUGACGAAGCCUUAUUCCUAGAGCUCCAAGGCCUAAGCCUGCAGCCGUCGCUGAAGCGGAUAACGGAGGAACAGGCCGAAGAGGCACUGCUGCAGGAGGCAGAGGCCAAAGCCUUAGCAGAGGUGCUAGAUCCGGAAGGACGCAAGCCACGCUCCCCACGUCGCUGCGUAAGGCUACACGAAUCCUGUCUGGGACACCAGGUACCCUGCUGCGACCCGUGCGCCACGUGCUAUUGCCGUUUCUUCAACGCCUUCUGCUACUGCCGCAAGCUGGGUACCACCACGAACCCCUGCAGCCGCACCUAGCUGGUCGACGUCAGGGUCGGGGCUGGGGGGCACCAAUAAAAGGAUGGAACCAAUCCCAGGGUUGUGGCGUUAUUUCGAACGUGACCGCCGUCGGAGGUGGGGGAGGUCACGGCAGGGGCGAAGGUUCCUCUAAGCCACGACACCAUACACACCCCCCCUUACUCCAGGGCCUGCGUUAUCCCAUCACGAGUCACUUACA